ACUUGUUUCUCAUUCUUGUAUAAAUGCUUGAAGUCGGGAUCAAGACUUUAUCAUUAUUAAUUUAGCUUUUGUUGUGCAGAAACAAUAAACUUACCAAAAUGGCAUUGAAAAUUGCUGUCCUGUUCGUAUGUCUGGCCUACGCUAGCGCUGGAUACCUGGAACCAGCUGCUUCUUAUCACAGUGCUCCCUUGGCCUACAGCUCCUACCAAGCUCCAGCUGUGACUUAUUCCAGCCCAGCCUACAGCUACGGAUACGACCAUUCUGCCCGUCAUCUGGCCUACAGUGCUCCCAUUGCUCAUCAGACGUACGCCGCUGCGCCUGCUCUAACCUACGCUGCUGCUCCAGCCGUUUCCUAUGCACGUAGCUACGCCCCAGCUCUAUCCUACUCGGCUGCUCCAGCUUUGACCUAUUCGUCUGCUCCAGCCCUAUCGUACGCACGCAGCUACGCUCCAUCUCUGUCCUACUCCGCACCACUGGCCACCGCCAAGACCAUCGCCAUUGCCCAGCCAGCUGCCAUCGCUCAUUCUGCUCCCCUGCUAGCUACUAGUCCAGCCUUGACCUACGCUCCAGCUCAUGCCACCAGCUACACCAGCUCCUUCAUGAAGUACAACAGCCCUCUGAUCGCCUAUGCCUAUUAACUUGUUGAAACACAUUCUGUUGAAUAAAUUCCAAGUUUUAAGUGUAAAGAGUCAAUUUGUCUUAACCCGUACCAACAAAAAUACAUCUCACCCCCAGCGGCUACGUCAUGGGGUCAUCUGCCUCUUUUUCGCAAACAACGCAUAAUUUGGCGAUAAAUACAAUAAAAAAUCGCUUUCGGUUUCAGCACUCCAACCGUUCCGCUGAAAUGCGUGCGAAAAGCCAUUAUCCAUGGAUGAUUAUGAUCGCGCAUCGGACACACACAUCACACACAUGCCGCCGUCGCCACCCGAAACCGGUUCACCCAGUCCCCGAGUAGCACCCAAAGUGAAGAUGAUACGCUCAAUUUCCCACGGAGCUCUGCUGCUCGCUGAAUGGUAAUGAUCACCAAUUUUGAU